AUGCCAUGCAAUAUCAAUGCGAUGCCUCGUGUCCAAGCACGGCCAGGGAUUGGGACGGCCGCGUGUUUGAUUGCCAUAUCAGCCAUAUCAAGUCUUCCGUGUCGUGCGCCACUGUUUGCGCGGCCUUGGUCGCGGGCUGGUCGACGUUCGCAACUUUCCAAAUCUUGCCAAGCUGCAGCAUUGGGAUUUGAUCCGGACCCGAACGAGUUGAAGAAGCUUGACAGGGCCUUGCCCCAGUACAUGCUGGAUUUCUUUGAGGGAAAUGAAGCGAAAGCUAUGCGAAGGUGGGUGGAAACUUUGCAGUGGCGUUGUGAAAUAGACGAUGAUGGUAUAUUCACACGUCCGAACCCGGAUUUUUUCAAGAUCCAGCGACAUUUUCCAACUUCUAUUCACUUUCCUGACAAAGCCGGUCGUCUGACUUACUGGAACAGGGUUGGAAACUGGGAUUCCUCCGGAUUGGACGAAGAUGGUUUAACAAUCGAGCGUAUCAGAGAUGACUACGUUUGGCAGACGUUGUUCACGUGGGACAUCUGGUUGAAGCGCGAUGACAAGCAACAUUUGACCAUCAUCAUGGACAUGGACAGUUUGGUCAAUUUUCCGCCCCUUUUUGGCGAAGAAACAGCAGGAAAGACUCCGGGUUUGUGUUGGGAAAGAUGA